CAACCGUCCCUUCUGUGUCAGGCCCUUUGAUAUCCCCGGCAGCAGAGCCUCUGACACCCCCAGAGCCUAAGAUCCCAGCACCUCAGGUGCCAGAACCCUUGCUACCUCAAAUAGCGGAGCCUCUGACACCACAAGUGCCGGAACCCCAGCUUCCCCACAUACCAGAGUCUCUUCCACCUCAAGUGCGAGAGCUUUUGGUCCCUCAGGUCCCAGAGCCUCUGAUACUACCUCAGGCCCUAGCACCAUCAACACUUGACAAUAUGGCCGACACAGGCGGCGGAAACGUCCAGGACACUCAGGCGGCCCAGCGGAAGCAGGCGCUCGAGGAGACGGCUGCCGUGUCGACGCUCGUCCGGCAGGCGCUGGUCAACGCGCUCCCCGUGGCCCCCGAGCAGUACAUGACGCUGUCGCUGCCGGGAACUGUCAUCGACGUUGCCGACAUCGCCAAGGGCGGCAGCUAUGUCUACGACCCCGUCACCAACCCGUUCACGCCCACGCAGGUCCGCCAGGCCGAGGCCAAGCUUGUCGACUCGAUGAUGCCGCUCGCCAGCAUCAUGAUCGGCAACACGGGCAAGAGCGUCGCGCGCAGCUACGCGUCGGCCCUCGACUACCUAGUGCCCAAGAAGGCGACCGUCAGCACCGAGGGCAACCGCAUCCGCAGCCCCGGCGACAAGUCGUACGACGACGCCAUGAAGUACCUGACCAAGCCCGACACCAAGACGGGCAAGACCCCCGUCGAGGUGUAUAUUGAGAAGCAGAUCGCCUGGGCCACCGCCCAGGACGCCUGGGACGAGGCCAAGGCCAAGGCCAGACAGGACGCCACUGACCAGAACAAGAACGACAAUACCGCUGCCGUGCAACAGUACAAUGACUGGGCCCAGACCCAUUACCGACGGUUCAAAGAGGACACCCAAGCCCGUUGGAUGGACUGGGUCACCAACGGAAACAAGUACAAUGUCGAGUACAACUUUGGACUAGUAGACGUCGACUCGAUCAUGGGCCGCAUUGAAAGCAGCAAGCAAUCGAUGAGAAAUUCUACCAUCGUCGACGCCGAUGGCGCCAAUGAGCUGCAGGAGGUCAACCUCACUCCCAAGACCUGGGCGAGUCUUUGCAGGGACAAGGUCGAGGGCUUCAAGACGGGCCGGCCGGCGUUCACGCGGGACCAGGUCACGUCGGAGAUUUCGCGGCUCACCGAGUUCGAGGCGUCGCUGAACGCGCUCAAGACGGAAGUCACGGCCUCGCCACCCACGUAUCCCAAGGACAACGUCGGCUCCAAGCCCGACAUCACCACGGAGCAGGCUGGCCUGACCACAGCCUACUCGGACCUGUACCAGGCCCAAGGCAAGGCCAACGGCGGCGACAACAGCGUCGACCUCAACGACAAGCGCGACAAACUCACCCAGGCGAUUGCCAAGUGGGAGGCCAAGUCUUCCGAGAUUGUCAAGUGGGAGCUGUCGCAGCCCGAGACAGACGCCCAGGGCACGAUCCAGACGCUGCUCGACCGCGUGGCCGACCAGCUGACCAAGCUGCAGGCGCUGCUCAAAGACCCGCUGCUGAACCAGGGGGCCAUCGUGCCCAUCAUCAGCGCGACGAGCACGCCGACGGCGACCGACCCCAACGCCGACCCCAACACCGAACCGACGUCGGGCAACAACGUGCCGGCCAAGGACGCGGAGCUGGCGCUGCCCAUCUUCAACCUGCCGCUGCCGGGCAGCACCACGCCGCCCGUCAAAGCGCCGCUCGACCCGUGGACCAACAUCAGCCUGUCCUUCUCGUCGGCCGACCAGAAGAAGCACACGGACGAGUCCUCGUGGGGCUUCAGCGUCAGCGGCGGCGGCGGGUGGGGCCUGUUCUCGGGCGGCGGGUCGUACUCGCACGACGAGAGCACGUCCAACAUGCGGCAGGACAUGUCGAACUGCGCCGUGUCGCUCAACUUCUCGGCCAUGGUCGUCAACAUCGACCGGCCGUGGCUGUACGGCGAGCUGUUCAACGACUUCGAGAUCGACAUUGGCGGCGACGCACGUCUCUCCCCCGGCCCCGAACUCCUGCACGCGUGGAUGGAGGCGCAGGGCAAGGACCCCAAGAACAUCAAGUCGCUGGCCAUGUACAACGUAUUCCCGUCGUACCCGACGGCGUUCAUCCUGGCGUGCAACACCGAGAUCGAGUUCACGGGCGACACGAGCCACAUCGAGCAGCACUUCCACUCGAGCAGCACGUCGUCGCGCGCCAGCGUUGGCUGGGGCCCCUUUAGCGCCUCGGCCAGCUUCCACUCGUCGUCGUCGUCGUCCGACUUCAGCAUGACCACCACGGCCACUGGCUGCAAGAUCACCUUUGGCGCCCCGCAGAUCAUCGCCUGGGUCAGCCAGAUCCUGCCGGCCCUGCCGCGCGACGCCAGCUUCGAGCCGCUGCUGCAGGGGCCUGCGCCCAAGUAGUUGCCUCGUCUUCCUCUUUGGCCAUGUCGCAGUCUGUCGCUU